UAUUUUCUGAUUUUUCUACCUGUCACAAAAACUUUUUGCAAAGAAGGUGGGAGAGGCUAACAUUUAAAGUCAUUCAUAUAAUACGUCAAUGUGUGAUAUAGCCUAAUGCAUGUUUUCUUGCAAAAUUACCAUCAAUGUACAAUAGCUGUAGAAAGAUCAGUGUUGGGUAAAGAUCAACGACCCGAGCAUAGAAUUAUCCAACAGAUAAAAACAUCGAGCAACAGCAAAAAUUUUGUUGCUUCUAAAUAGCCUGUGGCUGGGGUUUUUGUAUUUAUGUCUUAUUUCCAAAAGAGCUUAGGCUGCAAGUAUUAGAUAUUGAGAUUAUAAAUUUUAUUCCAUUUCAAAAUGUAGUGAUUACAAAUUUUGAUGCCUGUUUGUAACUCUGUAAAGCUGUCGUUAACACUGAUCAGUGGUCGUUAAUGUUGAAAUACAACAUGAAAUCGAGGUUUCUUGUUGCAUAGUAACAGUAUGCAAGCAAGUUUGAAGUCUGGGCUUGAUCACAGUGCUGUAUUUCGAAGUACUUUCCUUAUCUGUUAUGGAAGGAGAUAUCCAAAGUAGCGAAGAGAAUAAUGCUGUCUCGAAAGAAGCAACUUCUGAAGAAGAAAACAUACCAGAUGUCGAUGGCGAGCAAAAUCUUGAUAACCCAGCGGUGAUGGAAGAUCAAGUUGUUGAAGGACCCAACGAGCCCGGUGAUAUGGCGGAAUAUGGUGCAGACACACACGACCAAGGAACAUCCCCGUUACCUGCUGAAACAGCAGAUGAUACUUCGUUUAAGGAUGAACACGAUGAAACACACGACGAAAAUACUAAGGAAGAGGAUGCUGGAGGAAACAACAGUAUGGAGAUAAAGGUUGAUGUGAAGAGAAGUGAAGGAAGAAAAAAUUCAGAGGGGAGUGAAGCAUCUAAAAAGGUACAUUCUGCUGGAGAAGCAGAAAGAGAAAGCAGCAGCCAACAGAAGGAAGAGAGUAAUGAAAAUAAGAGAAACUCUGAUGCAGGAAGUGAUGUCAUUGAUGAAAACAUAACAAUUGAUGGGAUGAAGCUCCCUUCUGACCUGACACUAAGUACACAGAACAGUUCAUCAUCUUUAGGAGGUGCAUGGAGAACAUUACGGAAAACAGUUGUUAUUGAUGGAGAAGAAAGUGAAAGUGUCAUACACAUUCUGACAGAGAAAUUCAAAAAGCCAUUUCUUGGUGGAUUUAGGCACAGGUUAACAGAUGUUGAGUACCACAAUGCAUCAUGUCAGACAUAUCCAAAAAGAAGGGUCCCACCCUCAGUGGAAAGAUUCCACAGAGACACACAAACAGUUCAGAAUAGAACUCAGUAUCAACAGACAUUUGAAAAUACAUCAACUCAAAUGACAAAGCCCGGAUGUUAUGUUGCAAAUGUAACUGACAAAGUGAUUAUACCUGGAGUGUAUGAAACUGCGGACGAAGUCUUUGCAAGGAGACUAGAGAAGGUGAUCAUACUCCAGUGUCAUUGGAGACGAUGGCUUGCUACGGGGUACGUAAAGAAACUUCGUCGGGACAAAGAGUUGCGUCUUGAGUGGGAGAGACAGGAAGAAAUUCGAAAGCAAAAGGAAAGGGAAGAAAGAAUUCGCAAAGAGUUCGAAAGAAGGAUGAAUCCAAGAUCGAAAGAAGAUUUCGACCUUUUGUAUGCUGCGUUAGAAAGAUGGCGUCGCGAAGAAAUCGAAAAGAUUGAUGCGACAAGAUCAGGACCUGAACGGAAGGCAGCCUUAGUUGGCUUGCUUGAGCAGGAGAGUCAUUUGAUAGCCUCAAUUGAGCGACAUAGAAUCAAGGCCAGUAAAGAAAACAAGGAAAGCAACAUCAGAAAGUUUCUUGACAAGGCAGCUUCACCUAAGAAAUGGAGGUCGAAUGACGGGACGACUAUUGAAGUAGACACACCUUACACCUUGCGCGCACAAGAGCUUAGAGACCUCUACAACAGUCUGCAAAUGAAGUACCUCACCGAGGAAGAAAGGCUGGACGUUCUUCUGACAUUAAAACACACAGUUAAGGAGCAUGAAUGCAAAUUGACUCAUGAGAUAGUUGAGCUCAUUGACAGGGAAACAGAAUUAAUCAUGAGAGGAGUCAAAGACUCGAAUUUAGAUGGCUUGAGGCAAAGAAUCUCGACGCUGUACAUACAGUUUUGCAAAAUCCCCCUUUUCAAUCCUGAGGCAGGAAGACUUCUCAAGGUUCCACAAGACCCAUCUACUUUUCGCAAAAAUGUCUACUUCUGUCCUAGCUGCACCUCGUACCUUCCAUCUUCGGAAUUUCCACUUGCAUCAAACUCAAAGAUCGUUGGACGUUGCCGUCGUUGCGCGAAACUGGAUAACGAUGCUCGUUUACGACAAGAUUUCUCGAAGUUUCGUUCCAUGUUGCUUGCCUUACGACAUUCGGAGGAAGAAUACAGUGAUGGCUCGAAAAUUGCGUUCAUUAUUCAGGAGGCAGAUUUAAGGUAUCUUGUGGAAAAUAUCUGGAACGGCCAGAGCUGCUUGAGUGCAUGGGAGGACUUGCAUGAUCUUGUUCUGGUGAGGUGGAACAAGCAUGAGCACUGGGCCCCUUGGAACUGCAUCCUGCUUACCAAAGAAGAGGCUGCCGCACACUCUAAAUUGGAAAACGUAAACGAGGGAUAUGGAAGGAUUUUCAUUGGAAAGGUUCACAACAGGCACGUGCUUGCACAGAAACAUUUCUCUAAACUGACCGACGUCGCUGACAAAAUGCAAACAAAGGGAACAGUUAAAGCCAGGCCGAAAGCCCAACAGCUUGCAUCAUAAUACCGUAUUUAAUAUUGUUUUUAUUUGUUGUACAGAAUGUAUGAAAUUCGUAGUUGAUUAAGAUGGUGUCAAAUAUAGCAAGAGUCCCUUGUUUAGAAACAUACUUUGGAGAGUCGACCCUGUUCCCAGA